AUGGAGCUAGUAGCUUUAAACCUCUCUCCAACAAUCCCAAGGGAAAAAUUCACAUUCCUCUCUACAACCAUCACAAAAACUCUUCUCUUUCGCAAUUAUCAUUACCAGUUAAGAAGAAGAAGCAAUCAGUUUCGAUUUGAAGCCACAUAUGGCGGGAGGAAGAAGAAACCAAACCUUUCUUUCUCAAAGAAACAACAACAGCAGCAACUAUUGGUUAGCGAAAGAGAAUCUGAAAGGGAGCUGGAAUUCGACAGCGAAGUAGAUGAAGAAGAGGAGGAGGAGGAGGCAAGCAUAAGUGAAGACGAGAUGUCGUCUGGUUUGUUAUCAUUAAGCGUGAAACCGGACAGGAACAUGACUGUACUUGACGAUUACGAUAUUGAAGAACUUUGCUUUCGUGAUUCCUCCGACUCUAAUCAUCGUAGCGGGUACGUGGCAGUAGUAGGGAAGCCGAAUGUAGGAAAGAGUACACUUUCGAAUCAAAUGGUAGGGCAAAAGUUGUCGAUUGUUACUGAUAAACCUCAGACUACUAGACAUCGGAUUCUUGGUAUUUGUUCCGGUCCAGAGUACCAGGUUGGCUUGCAGAUGAUUCUUUACGAUACACCAGGUGUUAUUGAGAAGAAAAUGCACAAGUUGGAUUCUAUGAUGAUGAAGAAUGUCAGGAGUGCUGCUAUCAAUGCUGAUUGCGUACUAGUUAUUGUUGAUGCAUGUAAAGCACCUGAAAAGAUUGAUGGAGUGCUGGAAGAAGGUGUGGGAAACCUCAAAGGUAAGGUUCCCACUCUACUUGUGUUGAACAAGAAAGACUUGAUCAAACCUGGUGAAAUUGCAAAGAGACUUGAGUGGUAUGAGAAAUUUACAGAUGUUGAUGAGGUCAUACCUGUGAGUGCCAAAUUUGGUCAAGGAGUGGAAGAUGUCAAGGAGUGGGCACUUUCAAAACUUCCCAUGGGGCCAGCUUAUUAUCCAAAGGACAUCGUUAGUGAGCACCCAGAAAGAUUCUUUGUAGCUGAAAUUGUAAGAGAAAAGAUAUUCAUGCAAUUCCGCAAUGAAGUUCCUUAUGCAUGUCAGGUCAAUGUGGUCAGCUAUAAAACUAGGCCAACAGCAAAAGAUUUUAUUCAAGUCGAGAUUGUUGUGGAGAAGAACACACAGAAGAUCAUUAUCAUCGGAAAAGAAGGGAAGGCUUUGAAAUUACUGGCCACAGCCUCUCGGCUGGACAUUGAGGAUUUCCUGCAGAAGAAAGUGUAUCUUGAGAGUCCAUCUCAAUUUUCCAUCUGCUCUGAUCUUUACCAGUUAAUACCAGCAUUGUCAAUCCUCUCUGCAGUUAGGGCAGCUAUUGUUGUAACUUCUUUCUUUGGCCGUGGAUUUGGUGUGAUGGGUUUGUCUCACCAUGACGAUCUAUAUGCUUCAGAACAAGCUUGGAAUGUGUUUAGAUCACAUAAAAAAGUUGAUAUCUUGAUAGGAUUGGGGGACAAGGAAGGUGGUCAAGACAGUCAAAGGAGAGAACAAAUGAAUACGAUGGAGAGCAUUGGCACAUGCAAAUCACUGUGA